CACUUGUUUAGGGCCAGGCUUAAGAGGAAACUUCUGAUGAAAAAAUUCCACCAGACAGGGUGCAGAAACCAAUACCAGGAAAAGGGUCUGGUGAGGAGGCUGCCAGGGAGGACACAGGAGUAGGUGUGAAGGCUUUGAUUUGUACAGUGAGCAAGACAGGCUGUGCAAAACUGGAACCUGGGGUAAUACAGGGGACAGAGGGCACUGUAGGGUGUUGGGGGCAGCACAGGGGACAGAGGGCACUGUAGGGUGUAUGGGGGCAGGACAGGGGACAGAGGGCACUGUAGCUACCAAUGUGGAAACCACAGCUGGGUCCAAAGCAGCUGAAGGGAAUAGGGGUAUUGGGGUCUCAGCAGACAGGGCAGACAGGGCACACAAAUCCGGGAACUCAGAUGGUACAGAGGUCACAGUUGUUGGGGCCUCCACCCAUCCAGAAAGUAGCUCUGAUCUGCACAGUAUGUAA